AUGGCAGGCAAGGAGGCGGGCGUAACUAUGGAUUCUUGUGAGGGCUCUGAUGAUUAUAUAACUCAAAGCAAGAUUGUUCCUGCAAAAUCUGUUGCAUUGGUUGAUGGCAAGACUGAGCCUGCUGGAGAGGAGCCUGAUGGUUGGUUGAAAGAAUACAGACCUAGAAAGAACCGAUAUGGAUCUAGAGUCAAGGGUGACAUGUUCUAUAUUGAUCCAAUCAAUGGAUAUGAAUUUCGCUCUCUCAAGGAUGUGCACCGUUAUCUUGAAUCUGGAGACAUCAGUCAAUGUGUUAGAUUGCCAAACAAGAGAAAAAUUGGGGACCUGCAUACUGAAGGGGACCAAUCUCAUCAUACAGGAAAACUAUCGGAUCAUACACAACUGGAUACUGCUGAUGAGUCUAAUCGAUAUGAUCUACCGAAAGGUACCAAUGCACUGGGAGAUGCUGUGCUAAAUCCAGAAAGUGGAGAGAAUGCUGAAAAUAUUACAUUGUCUAAGCCUGAUGAUAUAAACUCAAUCCAAAGGGAAGCUGAUCAGGUUGAAGCUUCAGAAGGUAAGAACAUCCAAUCAGGCUCCGUAGAAGAGACUCCAGGGGAAGCUAAUUUUGUCACUAGGAAAGGAGCAAAUGUAAAGGAGAAACCAAAGGAAAAGAAGUACAAAACUAAACCUGUCAAAGGGAUUGCUGUACCUCUGAGAUCAUCACCUCGUUUAGCUGCACUGAAGAUUAGCCAGGAAGCAAAUAACGUACCCAAAGAUGGACAUAGCGGCACACAGACAGACAUAACUAAUGAGCCACAACCAAAUCCAAUCCAAAAACCUAGGCGAAAGACGAAUUCUUCUGUACUUCCUGAGAGGAAAGAUGGAGAAUCUACCAGGAGUUCAGCAGAAAACCUUCCUUCAGUUCCCAAUCAAAUACAGGGAGCAUCCUUCCCACACUCUUCAGGAGAUGCUGGAUGCCAGAAUGCACCAGCUGAGGCUCCUGUUCUGCGACAACAGGCAGGACAAGGUGAAACAUCUGAUGGUUUGCCUGGAUCUGCCCUGUCGUCGCUAUUUCAACAUGUCUGGUCAGACCCAUGCCUUGUGUUUGCGUUCAGGACUCUCCUGGGUGAUAUUCCUGUUCUUGAUGACGCUCGAGCAUAUCGAUCUUCAGCUUACGAUGGUAAUAGAGAUUACUACCUUCCACCACAGAACAUGAAUAAAAACACUGCAGCCAACUGGUCUGCUUCGGCUUAUGAUGGUAACAGAAACCACGCGCAAGUCAAUCAUGUUAUGCCAAGGUCAUCAGAUAAGUUCUACGGUAGUGGUUGGUUCCCUCCCCAGUGA